AAGAGGGUGGCCGUAGGCCGGGCCCCGCCCCGGGGCUGCUUCCCAGCGGGUUCCGUUGGCCGUGGCUGCCGCGGAGGCUGUGGCGGCGGUGGCCGCCGGGCGGGCGUAAGAUGGCGACUGCGGCGGCGGGAGCCUUGGGCCUCCUGUGGGGCUGGCUGUGGAGCGAGCGCUUCUGGCUGCCGCAGAACGUGAGCUGGGCCGACCUGGAGGGCCCGGCCGACGGCUACGGCUACCCGCGCGCCCGGCACAUGCUGUCGGUGUUCCCGCUGGCGGCAGGCAUCUUCUCCGUGAGGCUGCUCUUCGAGCGGUUUAUUGCCAAACCCUGUGCACUCCAUGUUGGCAUUGAAGAUAGUGUUCUCUAUCGUGUUGAAUCCAAUGACACCCUUGAGAAGGUGUUCAUAUCUAUUACUAAGUAUCCUGAUGAGAAGAGGCUGGAGGGCCUAUCAAAGCAACUGGACUGGGAUGUCCGAAAAAUCCAGUGCUGGUUUCGCCAUCGGAGGAAUCAGGACAAGCCUCCAACGCUGACUAAAUUCUGUGAAAGCAUGUGGAGACUCACUUUUUAUUUAUGUAUAUUCUGCUAUGGAAUUAGAUUUCUCUGGUUGACGCCUUGGUUCUGGGACACCCGACAGUGCUGGCAGAAUUAUCCAUAUCAGCCGCUCUCAAGAGAGCUUUAUUACUAUUACAUCAUGGAACUGGCUUUCUACUGGUCUCUCAUGUUCUCUCAGUUUAUAGACGUCAAAAGGAAGGACUUCCUGAUCAUGUUUGUGCAUCACUUGGCCACCAUUGGGCUUAUCACCUUCUCUUACAUCAACAACAUGGUUCGAGUGGGAACUCUGGUCAUGUGUCUCCAUGAUUCCUCAGACUUCUUGCUGGAAGCUGCAAAGCUGGCCAAUUAUGCCAAAUAUCAGCGGCUCUGUGACAGCCUCUUUGUGAUCUUUAGUGCAGUCUUUAUGGUUACACGUCUAGGAAUCUAUCCAUUGUGGAUUCUGAACACAACCCUCUUUGAGAGUUGGGAAAUGAUUGGGCCCUACCCCUCCUGGUGGCUCUUCAAUGGCCUUCUCCUGAUCCUACAGGUUCUGCAUGUCAUCUGGUCCUACUUAAUUGCACGAAUUGCUUUUAAAGCCUUGAUCCGGGGAAAGGUGACCUACCCAGGAGGAUUAGACCCAGACUCUGUGCCUUCUGCUCUCCUUUCAGCUCCUCCCUCUUUUCUAUGCCUGCUGGGAUCUGCACAGUUUCAUCCUUUGCAUGUGUCUAAGGAUGAUCGCAGUGACGUAGAGAGCAGCUCAGAGGAAGAAGAUGACACCAGCCACACAAACAACCUCUCUGGCCGCAGCUCCAGCAACGGUGCCAACUGUGUGAAUGGCCACAUGGGAGGCAGCCACUGGGCUGAAGAGCAUGGGACUUGUAAGGCUGUUGGCAACCCGCUCUUUGGGGCCUCCCCACAUCUGCAGGCCUGCGACUAGAUGGACUGCAAGGCACUGAGGAGGAUCAAAGAAACAGUUUCAUGUUUUAAAGAAACUCUGCUGUUUUGUAUUUAAUGCCCCUGGUCCUUUCAGUAAUGUUAUUUGCUCUGUGUUUGUAUGUGUUUGUGUGUUUGUGCAUUGUGCAUGUGGAUGAGUUUCAUCGACAGGUUUGGGGCACAAUUCUGGACCACUAGGCAUGGCCUAGUCACUUCUGAACCCACCUCAAACCAGUGUUGGCUGUGUCUUGAAUUAUGCUGUUUGUCUCCAGACCAUCUGCGUCCUUGUCCCAUGGCUCUUGAGGCUAUAAGUUCCUGGUCCAUCUAAAUAAAUGGUGCCACCAGAUCCAGCUCCAGACCUGGGGAACAGUUCUUCUGGAGCAGGAAGCGGUGCUUCACCUGAUACCCAGGACCACUGUGGCCUCUAGCUACAUCUCCUUCCUACCAUCCGAUAGUGACAGGGACAACUACUCAUGCCCUGCUUUUUACUCACUGGUACGCAGGGAGGGGGUGGAGAGGAUGAGCUGAGGUAUGGAGAGCAGCAGCCACUAGGUGUGCUGAACGGUUUUAUACUAUUGUUUACUCUUCUGUAAUUAAAGUGUUUCAACUCUUCUCUACUGUCUUCAUCUCUUUAGUGACUGUCAUCAAUGCCCUGGUUAAAUUUGGGGUUAUUUGUUUGGAGACAGGGUCUGUGAGACUGGCCUCAGACCCGACAACCUGCUGCCUGAACCUCCUCGGUGCUGGGCUUACAGACAUACACCAUAAGAUUUUCUCCCCAGGGGCUGGAGAGAUGGUUUAGCAGUUAAGAGCACAGACUGCUUUUGCAGGGGUUUGGUUUCUAGCACCCAGCCAUAUAGGGCAGCUCAAAACUGCCCAUAACUCCAGUUCUGAGGAUCUGAUGCCUACUUUGGGCUUCACUAUCACCUGUAUGGGUGUAUAUAUAUACACAUAAAGUAAGUUUUCUAAAAUAAUUAUUUCUAAUUCAAGAAAAAUUUG